CAUGGCGGACGAGGAGUUGGAGGCGCUGCGGCAGCAGCGGCUGGCUGAGCUGCAGGCCAAACACGGGGAUCCUUCUGGUGAUUCAUCGCAGCAGGAAGCAAAACAGAGGGAAGCAGAGAUAAGAAAUACUAUUUUAGCUCAAGUUCUUGAUCAAGCAGCUCGUGCAAGAUUAAGUAAUCUAGCACUUGUGAAACCAGACAAAGCAAAAGCAGUGGAGAAUUACCUUAUACAGAUGGCAAGAUUUGGACAAUUACCUGGAAAGGUAUCGGAACAAGGUUUGAUAGAAAUACUUGAAAAAGUGAGUCAGCAAACAGAAAAGAAAACGACAGUAAAGUUCAACAGAAGGAAAGUAUUGGACUCCGAUGAAGAAGAUGACUACUGAUACUACUGUAGGACUGUCUGCCAAAAAAAAAAUGCCUGGGAAAAGGCAACAUGCUUUUGUCAGGCAGAAUGCAGGAUCUGAAAAUGUUUACGCUUUUUUUUUUGUGGUUUUUUUUUUUGUUUGUUUAUAAUUAAAAAGGCCAACAAAUGAACUCGUCUUUUUAAGUCUGAGAAGGGGAUACUAUAACAUAAUUUUUUUGUAGUGUAAGAGGCCUGAGCAGUGUGGGGUUCCCCAUUGCUUCAUUAGCAUGAACAGUUUGUUGCCCUGUACUCAUUGUGUAAGCUAUGCUUCCAGCAACAGCACACGCUUAACUUGCUGCAAUUGGAGAUAUAUGUCCUAGGUUCAGCAAUAGUGGUCAUUUUUCUCCUUCUUAGUAGCUGGUGCAGUGCUAUGUUUCUGACUUUCAGCCUGGGAACAGCGCUGAUAACACUGAUGGUUUUAGUUAUUCCUAAGUAAUGAUUACUCUGACCAAGGACUUUCUGAGUCUCAUGCUCUGCCACGGAGGAGGGGAAACCGGGAGGAAGCAGAGACAGGACACCUGACCAAAACUAGCCAAAGGAGUAUUCCAUA